UAAAAAGGCCUCUUUUGCAAUUCAAACUUCCAUAUCAACUAAUUUUCAAAAAAAACCCCAAAUCAAACCAAAUUCUCUCCACAAACCCUAAAUCAUAAAAUCCAGUAGCUGCAGCCAGCAGAAUCAUCAAUGGCGAACAACAAAUUAGCCGAAGAAUACCUCAAUUUAAUCGCAGAAGGAGCUCCUUCUUUCUUCGCCUUUUUCCUUCUCUCCAUCUUCACUUACGUCUCCGUCCUCAACCUCUCCGAUCUCCCGACGCUCUUCAGCGACGCCAAAUUCUGGUUCUGCAUCUCCAAUACUCUUAUUUUCAUAAUCGCCGUCGAUUUCGGAGCCUUCUCUCCGCCGCCCGAGCAGAUCAAAUCGAAGCAAUCGGAAAACAGCGCAGUGAAAAUCGUUCGGGAGAGACCUAAUAAAAGUUACCGAGAGACGAGGAGAGGUAAUUCGGCGAAAACUUACCGGCGAAGCAAGUCGGAGAAAGCGGUGGAGAAGGAGAGGAAGAUCGCGAUGAGGAGGUCGAAAACGAUGACGAUAAAAUUACACGACGAAGAAGAAGAAGCGUCGAAGGAAGAUAAUGAAUUUGAAGAGAUGACAGAUGAAGAACUGAAUAGAAGAGUUGAAGAGUUUAUUGAAAGAUUCAACAGAAGGAUUCGACUUCAAGAUCUCGAAUAUGGGGAUGCCGAUGGAGCGUAGAUAAUUUUAUAUGAAUAUACAAAUACAAACUUUGUUUCUCUGUAUAAUACAAUACUGGUUACAUAGAGACGAUUAAAUUUUCCUUUUUUAAAUAUUAAAAUUUGUUUGGUAAUUAGGUGAAUAUUUUACUCAUAACCUCAUUUAUAUAUCAACAAGGACAAAU